GGUCAGAAAUUCCAGUGAUAGUGAGACUGAAACCCCAUUUUAACGUUCAACUCUCUCCCUCGUUCUACUGACCGUUACGUUCCCCACAUUCUCCCAAACCCCAAACUCUCUCUCUCUCACUCUCUCUGUGUUCGGGUAAUGGAACCAGCGAAAAUUGAUUGGAAGAGAACAGAGUCCAUAUUUGUAGAGGACGAGCUCUACGAGCGCAUAAACGCACCCAAAUGGGUCGAUUUCUUGGCUCCCGAAAACUCUGUGGACGCCGAGGCCUGGUUUUGCAGACCCAAUUGCAAGCAUCCGAAGACAGCUGAAGAUUUUCUCAAGUCAAAUCCUUCUAAGCUCACCAGCUCAGCUAAUCUUUCUGAAUCUCUUCCACUCCAUGAUCAGAAUAGACGAGUUGCAAAAUUGAAGAGAAGAGGGCUUACUCAAUCUUCAAUUUCUUGGAAUAGCAAUCCCAAAUUAAAUGAAGAUAGCGAGAAUGAGAACCCGAAUAUGUCAACUCCUCCGAUUCAUAAAGCCAAGUCCACGAAAGCAGCAAUCAAAUCCAGCAUAGAGAAGGAGAAAAUGACCAAUGACAUGUUGCAGAACAAUGAGGUGCCAAGGCUGAAAAGCACUCUCUCGGCAAGGAACUUGUUUGCUGGGCGGGACAUACUGAAUCAGGUUACGGAGUUUUGUAGUGAAUUAAAGAGAAUGGCUACGAGGCUGAGGGAGAGAGAGGAAGUGGAUGGGCUGAAUGUGGAGAAGAGCGAAGUGGUUCUUAAGGAAAAGGAGAUGAAAGAGAGUUUUUGUGAGGCUUUGGGGGAGGUGAAUGGGAGGGAUAAAGAGAGGAAAGAGAGGAAGCCAUUGCUUGAAUUGAGGAAAGAGGAAUCUAUAGGAACGGGGGAAAGCAGUGUUAAGGAGAAGCAGAGGAGGAAGAAAGCUGAUGAGGCAGAGAAUGUUCCUAUUUCUCUGGAUUUGGAUAGCGUAUGGUGCAAAAGGGAUGAGACCCUGCGGCAAAUUCGAACAAAUCCUCCCUCCCCUCAAUGCUUUUCUGCCACUCGUGGAUGGAACAAAACCACUGCAUCUAAGGCUGCCAAAUCCAAGCUGAUGGCAAGUGGGGAAGUACUUCAAGAAAUGGAGCAAAAUAAGGAGGUAGCAAGAGAAGAAUCAGCAGAAAAAGGCCAAAGUGUGUGUAUUGUGGAUGCAAGAGAAGCAAGAACCUUGGAUGUAUUUUGGUUCCUCAAGCCUUGCACGCUAUCCAAUUAAUGGUUGAAAAUCGAGUAAGAGAUUAUUUUUUUUUUUCCCAUUAUUUUAGUGUCACUAUAGCGCAUUGUUUUAUUUUUGAUAUCACCAUUGUUUUUACUCUCAUCUCCUUGAUUCAGUUGUUGUUGACAAAAGAAGCUGUAAUUAAACACUCAAUAAUUAAACACUCAAUAAAUUGGUGUAUUUUUACAUCUCCAUUUUUAUUUUUAUUUUUAUAAGUAAACAACUAUAUUGGUAUGAAUAGACAUAGCUCAAGUACACAAGAUACAAAGGUCACAGCUGUUUAGAGAAAAGCAAUUGAAACAAGAAAAUCAUGGAAAUCGAGGCCAGGAAAAUCUUACUUCUCUAUUUUUAUGGAGUUAUUAUCUGGAGAUUGUAGUGAAAAAAGUUGUCAGUUGCAUUCUCUCACAACUAGCCAUUUUUAUUUACUGGCGUAUGCAAAUUAUUCUGCAAACAUGGUUCAGGAACCGUUACUGAACCGGAAUUAUCGUAUCAAUAGGAUGUGACAGGAGACAAAUCAAGUCAUUGUAAUAUAUACUGAAAUAGAUUAAGGCAUAGUUACUUUUGAUGAUACAGGCAGAACUGUGGGAAUGGUGGACCGUAUUAGUAGGACCUUCUAUAUAUAUAUGUGUGUGUGUGUGUGUAUCAGAUUCAACUCAGCUGUAGAAAAUAAGAAUAACUGAAUAGAACAUACAGUUUCAUACUUAAAAAGAAGAAAAAAAGAACACACAGUUUCUUUUACAACCAUCCAAAGCAAAACUUUGAAUGACGAAACCUAAAUCCAUUUUAAGAUUAAAGUAACAGAUACAAAACAUCGGUACUGUUAAAUAGGCUAUUUUUCUGUGUCUUUUUCUAUUCUGCCUUUAUUUACAAAAAACAGCGAGACUGUCAGAUGGUGAUGUAGAAGGAGAACCAUAUAGAAGAAACCAACAAUGAUAAACCGCCCAUCCCUGCAAACCUAAUCCAGAUAAGAGAAACAUCAAAAGCAACUUUUUCUUCAAGCUCUUUCCUACUGUUUGUGCAUGUCUGACACAGUUUAAUUCUGUCUCUUCUUACAAACUCAAAACUCCAUGUAACAGAAUAAAUUAAGAGCCAACGUUCUUUUUUUCUUCAUUCCUUUUAAGCUCAAUCUGGUAUUUAGAUCGGUGUGCAAGCAACAGAGCCACAGAGAGAGAGACCUAUGAUUAAUCCUCGUAUUGCCUUGAAGUAACACUCACAUUCACAGCAAUUUUACAACAUGAUUCUGCGACCACAGCACUAGUAGAAGAAACAAUUUCUCUCGCACAAUUAUAACAAUCCAAGUCAAAAGACAACGAAAGAAAAUAAAACUAAUGAACCGUGAAAACAAAACAAAAAUUGGAACAAAGACAAUUAUUUAAAUUAGCCAGGACUCUCUGCUUGAGAAGAAUCAGAAUGAUCUACCUCGUAUUGCUGAUGAAAACUAAACAAUCCAAGAUCCUAGACCAAACAACACGCGCCCGUGGAUACAUCCUAUUGAUAUAUAUUCUUAAUUCCCUCAUUAGAUCUUCCAUGGCCUCUACAAAGAGGUUAAGGCUUCUAACAGGAGGAACAUAAAGAAUUAGAGGUGCAACAGGGAAAGCCAGCGCGAAGAACAAAUAAGGCACCAUCAGAGCUGAGAGCUAUUCAGAGUGACAAUGAACUGAACUUGGAUAUAUAUGUAUGUGUGUAUAUAUGUAUUCUCAGAGAUAGAUUCUUGAUGUGCGUUACUAGUCUGAACGAGAGAGAGAGAGAGAGAGAGAGAGAGAGAGAGAGAGAGAGAGAGAGAGAGAGAGAGAGAGAGAG